AUGGACUUCACUGUGCGGAAAGCAUAUGCUUGCCCGAUCUGCGGUGAAUCCUUCAUCAAAUGGGGCCUAUGCCUAUCCCAUCUCCAUGCAAGUGAACCAUGCAGAUCCGCCCUCGGAGAAGAUACCCUCCGCAAUGUGGAGCAACUCCAGGAAAUGUGCCGUGCUGCUGCCUCUGGCGAGGCCGCAGCAAAGCAGGAUGCCACUGUGGACACAACUGUUUCACCCGACAACUCCACCCCAGAGGCCCCCGUGACCGAGGUGGCACCCUCCACCUACGAACCCAUGGACGGGGUUGAAGCCUCUACCUUUGAACCCCUCGGGCACACCAGCUUCGAGAUGGCUGGGAUGCCUGCCAACUACGACAACAUGAGCGGCGUACAGACCACCAACUUCAACAACAUGACCGGUGGCACUGGUCCCACCUUCGACACCAUGAACGCCAACAACAUGACCGGGGUCGCAGGUCCUACCUUCGACUCCAUGAACGGCAACAACAUGACCGGGGUCACAGGUCCCAACUUCGACAGCAUGAAUGGCAACACCAUGACCGGGGUCGCAGGUCCUACCUUCGACUCCAUGAAUAGCAACUCCAUGAACGCCGUCACAGGUCCCAACUUCGACACCAUGAACGGUGUCGCAGGUCCCAACUUCGACGCCAUGAACGGGGUCAUGCCUUCCGCUUUCGAAGGCAUGAAUGGCGUUGCGCCAAACUUUGAUGCGUCCAAUUUCGAUGCCAUGAACGGCAUGAUGCCAGCCAACUUCAACAUGAAUGGCAUGAUGCCCUCUUCCUUUGAUGCUAUGGGAGGUGUCCCAAAUGCCUUCGAUGCCAUGGGCGCGGUUGCGCAAGGCUUCGACGGUAUGAUGGUUCCACAGAUGAACCAGAUGAAUGUCCAGAUGAAUGCGCAGAUGAAUGCCCAGAUGAAUGCCCAGCUGAACGCCCAGAUGAAUGCCCAGAUGAAUGCCCAGCUGUUGAAUGCUCAAAUGAAUGCCCAGAUGUCUGCUCAGAUGUCUGCCCUUCAGAUGCAAGCCCUUCAGCAGCAGCAGUUGGCACAGUACUCUCAGCAGGAAGCCUUUGUGCCCAAUUCCACAGCUCCCACAGCUCCCACACCAACCCAGACCGAGAGCAAGAAGGAUGCCAAACCCUGGGCCAACUACAAAGCAUCCUCAGCUUCACAGUCUCAACAGUACAAAGCACCGUCUAAGGCACAUUCCCAGCAAGCCAGCAACCUCUUGAAACCCCAGCCAAAGCCGGUACCAGCACCCAAAGUCACCCCAAAAGCACCUCCCAAAGCUGCGCCGAAAGCUGGUGAUGGCUUGAUGAAGGAGCUCGCCGACGCGACGCCCGCCUACACCAAGCAAAAGGUGCGAUGCGUCGCUAAGCUCCGUCGUGCAUUGCAGUGUGGCUAUCUGACUCUCAUGGAACGAUCCACCCUCUCCGAGAAGUUGGAGGAGUUAGCCACCUAUGCUCCCUCGAAGCAGCUCGCAACGGUGAAGAAGUUCCUCAGUCCGAGCUACGAGGAUUUCAGGUGGAUUAGUAGCAAGGCGGAAUGGCUGCAACGCUGCCUGAACUACACCCGGGCUGGAGGUGAGAAUUAUCAGUACAAGCACAAAGGCACAAAAUCCGCUUCAGUGGAAGCUCUUGAGAAAGCUUUAGCCGAUCAUGGGUUGCUGCCUUUUGCUAUCGACGAGGGGUGCUGGAGCACCUUUGGUCUCUUGCCGCCCUUGUUGCAAGAGAACGUGGUAAAGGCAGUGCGCCACGGCUUGUUUCUAUCUUCCACACUGCAGCCGUCGGAGCACUUCGUGCACAUCUGUGUGAAUGAGGAGGUCGUCUACAAUUUGGAGGCGAAGCCUGUGCCAAGCGACAUGCCGACUCCUGAGCAAGCGGGCAUGGAAAGUAUCGACCAGACGCUGUAUCACCAGCUCCGACAGUAUAUCCUCUUCCAGCAUCGGAAUUCAGAAGAUCGGUGCUUGCGGCUGCUAGCUGAGAGUGGACCAAUCUUGCCGGGCACACCCAACAGCCUUCUUUACGUUCACAUGGCCACGUCCGAUGAGCGAAUGAAGGGAUCAGCAGAGGUGCUGUCCCUGCUGCAUGCAGCUUCUGCAUGCGGUCUCUCAAGACUAUGUGCUCGGUUCCUUGCGGAGGGCUUACCGGCCAGUGAGGCUACCGGGAACGAGUUGGCCACACCUCUUCAUCUCGCAGCAGGGCGCGGGGCCCUGGAGUCUGUGAAGGUCCUGAUCAGGGCGAAGGCAGAUGUGCUGAAGAAGGAGCGGUACUAUGCAGUUACGGCUGCGCAGGAGGAUGCAGCAACUCCGGCGCAGGAGUCGCAGCACCAACUGCAUUUGCAGGUGUGCCAGCAGCUCUUGAACGGCGUCUUGCGAGUUGCAAGGGAAGGCCGUGAGUGGGACGUGGAGGAGAGUGCCGAGCUUGAAAGUUUCGCAGAGGAGAAGCAUCACUGGCCACUUCUGAUUCUGGGCAUGUGUUUGCUUUCGGACACAGUGAUCCAGCGGAUCUCCGAACUGCAGUACGAGACAGCAUGCUUGCUGGUGUCCUUUUUUGAAGACCCUCCGGAGACGCAAGACCCGACGGAGUGCCUUCUGAAGGUGCCUGACGAGGCGAUGCCAAUUGAGCUUCAAGCUAUUCUCGAGUCGGAUUUCAUCAGAGAUCAUGAUCGACUGCGACGUCAGGGCAAUCGAAUGCACAGGCAUUUCGGUCUCUCCAAGAGAUGCCUGGAUGUUUGGGCAAGCCUUCCUUACGAUGUGGCGCAGCAUGCGCUCAGCAUCUUCAUGCUGGAGCAGGUGUCAGCCCACCAUUUCAAAGUGCCGGACGACGAGCUGAAAGCCAUGGAGGCGGAGGCGGCGGACGACAUUCAGAUCAUGAAUGUUGGAGAGGAUCCCAACCGGUAUGUGGGUACCAUUCGGAAGUGGGAUUCUGAACGAGGUUUCGGCUUCAUCGUGCAGCCGCAGCCAGAGGAGGAGACCGGGGAGGAGGAUCACAAGGACCAUCUUACGGUUGCGGGCUGGACCCAGGAUAUUUUCGUCCACCGCACCAACCUUAUGGGCUCCGCUCCGGGUGUGCACAUCGACCUCCAGGAAGGGAGCAAGGUGUCCUACUUCCUUGGCAUGCAGGAUGGCAAAGCCCGGGCUCUCCAAGCCGCGAUGAUCGACGACGAGUUCUACGUCCACCAAAUCCAUCUCCAGAAGAAGACCUCCAAGAGCAAAAAUCUGUCACCGAAGGAGAAGCGGCAAGCCAGGAUUCUGGAGAUCGCCGAGCAGGAGACGGAAGAGACGCAUGAGGUGUCCAAGUACUUCUUGAGGCAGAUCGCCAGCGCUGCAAUUCAAGACAUGGUGCACGAAAGGAGGCAGGACUUCGAGUCCCAUUUUCGCUGUUGGGGACUGCUCCGCUACAACAAUGUCAAGCGCGACGACGUCUUCUGGAAGAAGGAGAUUGAGCGCAGGGUCGACAUCUUCGUGGAGCAAGCGAGCACGCCCUUGCAGAAAAAGGAUUUCGACUUCCGUGUGCGGAGAUUCCUGACCGAGUUUUGCAUGAGGAAAAACGUGAUCCGCGUCAGUGAAGCUCUGGCCAUGGUAAGUAAGAGCAUCUCGGGAAAGAAGAGAGAGGACAUUCAGACUUGGCCUGCCUAUGUGGCUACGCUGCUUCGCAAGUUCGAUCCCGAAGUGAACGCCUUCAUUACAAGUCGGGAGAGUCAGAAGAAUUCGAAGGCGGAUGCUGACGACACCAUCAAGGAUGAGGAUGCCGAGCUGGAGGAGGAGGACAGCGGAAGUGACUCCGAAGACGUGGGUUCACUCAGCGACACGCUGGACAUGUACAGCCCGCCGCCGGCACAACCCGAGCAACUCGAAGAAGCGAUUCCCGAAGCCGACGAAGAGGCUUCAGGAUUUGCCUUCCAGUGA